UACGAGUACUACCUGUGCCACCGCACGAACGCGAUGCUCCCCCCGCUCAACCAGCACCUCCACAACGCCGCACAUGCGGACAAGAUCUAUUGCCGCUCGUGUGUGCUGUACGUGUGUGACGCGGAGCUUGGCAUGCCGAGCGUGUUCUGCGAGCACGUCGAGAGC